GUACGGUAGUCGUAUAUGAUUAUUGAGAUCGAGCUGGUGUAUGGACUAAGUCUGGAAGUGGUGCAUCAAUCUGUCUACUUACGUUUUCCUCAUGAGCACGUGUUCUUGUGUGCAACAUGGCGGCUGAGGAGAGAGGCUUCGAUGCUGUGUUUGUUGAAACUGUCGCUGAUAGGUUUUUGUGCCCCAUUUGCUUUCUAGUUUUACGAGAACCGAAACUCACAGAUUGUGGCCAUCACUUUUGUGCAAAUUGUUUUGCAGACUUGCCGCUAGAAGGAGCGGUACCUGCACGGGUCGAGUGUUACACUUCUUGCCCUUCGUGUAGGGAGCGGUUGACGGAAUCGGAGAUUUUUUCCAACAAUGCGCUGAAACGAGAGAUACUGAAUUUGAUGAUCAAAUGUGAUCGACAUGAGAAAGGUUGUGAAUGGGUUGGGGAGUUGAGAAACAGAGAGACUCAUGAGAAGGAAUGUGAAUAUGUUGAAGAAACGUGUGAAAACAAAUGCGGAGAAAUGGUGAUGCGAAAGGAAAUGAAAAAUCACAAGGAAAGACUGUGUGAAAGGAGAGUCACUAGUUGUGAUUAUUGCAGUGCCACAAUGGAAUGGAUGGAUCUUGCAGCUCAUCACCUGACAUGUCUCCUGUAUCCUGUUGGCUGCAUCUACUCGUGUGGGCAAACAUUGGCAAGGGGUCAGAUGGAAGAUCAUACUGGCAGGCAAGGAAAUUGUCCAAACAGUAUUCUUAGUUGUGAUUUUAGUGAUAAUGGGUGUCAGUUUGAAGGAAAACGUCAUGAACUGUUAAUGCACAUAGAAAGUAACACAGCUAACCAUCUUAGUCUGAUUGCCAAGGAACUAAGAACAACCAAAUUAAAGUUGGAGAAUACUAAACAGAAGUUGGAGAAAACUGAACAGAAGUUGGAAAAAACUGAACAGAAGUGGAAGAAAACUGAACAGAAGUUGGAGAAAACUGAACAGAAGUGGGAGAAAACUGAACAGAAGUGGGAGAAAACUGAACAGAAGUUGGAGAAUACUGAACAGAAGUUGGAGAAAACUGAACAGAAGUUGGAGAAUACUGAACAGAAGUUGGAGAAAACUGAACAGAAGUGGGAGAAAACUGAACAGAAGUUGGAGAAAACUGAACAGAAGUGGGAGAAUACUGAACAGAAGUUGGAGAAAACUGAACUGAAGUUGGAGAAAACUGAACAGAAGUUGAAGAAAACUGAACAGAAGUGGGAGAAAACUGAACAGAAAUUGGAGAUAACUGAACACAAGUUGGAGACUACUAGUAGUGAACAGAAAUUGGCAGGCACAGAAGGUAGACUGUCAGAGGUGGAAUCACAGUUGUGUGAAGAAUUGAUCAGAAGGAAAUAUUUUCUUCCACCUGUUUUAACUGCUAGCAAGUUUGUGCACAAAUGGAGAAUAGAGAACUGGUCUGAGAAAGUCAUACAAGCAAAAUUAGAGAAACCAGGUGAAAAUUCGAUUGAGAGCAGUCCAUUCUAUGUAUACCCUGGGUAUCAUCUGUAUCUUGAAGUCUAUCCAGUUGAUGUUAUUGAUGCCAAGACUUUUGAGAACUAUGUUGGUGUUUAUCUGUUUCCAAGUCGUGGAGAGUUUGAUGAGAGGCUUGUUUGGCCUUUUCCAUUUUCGUUUGGUCUUGCAAUUAUUGAUCAACAACUAGCAGGAGUGAAUGUUGUUCAUUGGUGUUCACCUCCCUACAAGAAUGCAUUGAAUCUUGGAAUCGGAAUGAAGGCAUCUGGAUGGGGUGAGCCAAGGUUGGUCUCUCACAAACGUUUAGAGUCUCAUCACUAUAUUAAGGACGACUCUAUUGUUUGUGAACUGACUAUUCAUAUGAAGAAUUAAAUUGAACUGCCACUCUACAACACUAAAGCGACAGUUAUAGAUUUCAUUGGUAGUUGUCAUUGUUAUUGUGAUUAUGUUAAUUAAAAAGCUGAUUUUUAGUUUUUGUUUUUGUAAAAGUGAGUUUGCAACAAUCGAUUUCAUACAUGUAUUCUUUGCUACUAGUACAUUGCUGCAUAAAAUUUUAUGAAACAUAACUUUACUGAUUAAUGGAUUUUACAGUUUUGUAACUCGUAUCGUUUGCAGUGGAUAUCAUGGCAAAGAUGCUGUACAACUAAAUAUGUAUAGUAGGGU